GCCGGACCCAUAGAACUGGUCGUAAACUUCUUCACUCCUAUCGAUCCGACAGAUCUCAAGCGUCUGUCACUUCCGGCCUCUUAUAUAUCAAUGAGCGCCCGAUCUAUAGAUCACAAGACACAUGAAGUUCAGGUAUAUCUCGAUAUGUCUGGAGAAUGGGUUUCAAAUGAUGUCAAUCAAGUUGUUGAGUGGGAUGUCAUGGAAGUGAAGGGCAAAACAAAUCUAAUUAACGGUAACUUUAGACUCAAAGAGCAGAAACAGUUUCAAGAAGAUAAAGAUUUAGCCCAAUGGGGAACCAUUAAGUUCUUCACGGACUCGACCGCCACUUAUGAGGCAAAUGGUUGUGAAACUCUGCGCUCAAAGUUUGUAAAAACGGGUCGACUCGACAAUACUGUAGACAGGAAUUACCGCAAAGUGUCAGACAAUUGGCCGGGCAUUGGGUUCGCGCGGACACUAACCGCCGGCGCCACUCAUACGGCGGCAAACACUGUGUAUUACGGCGUCGCUCACGUCAGACGACCGGCCAUUGAGUACACGGACUCACAUCUGAACCAAUUAUGGGAAAGUUAUUUCAAUGGAGAC